AUGGGUCGAACAUGGAAGCCUGAACAAAUUAUGUCUGAUUUUGAAACCAGCUUGAUUCCAGCAGUAUCUGCCGAAUUUCCUGAAAGUGCUCAUAAAGGAUGUUAUUUUCAUUUUAAUCAGUGCAUGUAUCGACGUAUCCAAUUACUUGGUUUAGCCACAGCUUAUUCACAAGAUGAGUCAGUUCGAAGUUGUUGCCGUAAACUGAUGGCAUUACCACUUUUACCAAUUCAAGAAGCUAAAACUUCUUUUUAUAAUUUACGUGCAACAGCAGAUCCAGCAGUGAAGAAACAACUUCGCGAUCUAUUUUUAUAUUUUGAUGAUUAUUGGAUUAAUAAUAUAUCAAUUGAAAUGUGGAAUGUUCAUGAUUAUCAACAUCGAACUAAUAAUAUAUGUGAAGGUAUAUACAUUCCUUCUUUUACAACAUUAGGUGAAAAUAUCUAUAUUUACGAUUUCACAACCGGCUAA